CACACGCUACACAACGCAUUCAAGUGUUGGUUCACUGCAUGGCAGCUGGACAAGUUGCUGAAAGCAAUGCACACAUUGUUCCUCAAUGUGCCCGCCAGGAGAGAUGAUUACAUCACAGUAACCAAGUCUACUGUGUUCCCCCUUUCUUUCUGUGCCCAUCGUUGGGUGGAAAACCUUCCGGUUGUGGAGAGAGCCCUGGAAGUCUGGCCAUCACUGCUCUUGUACAUGGAAGCCGUGAAAUCAAAGAAACUCUUGAGCCCUGGAACAGCAUCUUAUGACACAGUUGCAGCAGCCAUGAAGGAUCCACUCAUCUUGGCCAAAUUGCAGUUCUACGCGGCACUCGCCAGGACCUUCACUCCCUUCCUGAAAAAAUAUCAGACAGAUGAGCCUGUGCUUCCAUUCCUUCCGAAGGACCUGACUGAGUUGAUGAUGAGUCUACUCAGACGCUUCAUAAAGAGAGAAGUCCUCCAUGAUAUCACUGCCCUGCAGCUGACCAAAUUGGAUGUCACAGACAAGACCAUCUGGCUCAGCCCACAAGACAUCAGCAUUGGUCUAGGUGCAGAGUCAGUCCUUAAGGGGAUGUCAUACUGCAGCACUUCGACAGUUUCCUAUCCUUGGAGAGCCGGAGUGAGGACUUCCUCUCCUUUCCUCCCAUGCAAAAGAGGCUGGACAUCUUCCUGAGGAGUGCCAUGGAACCUUAUCCAGAGCUGUGGGGCUUCUGCAAGAAGCUGCUCAUCCUUUCCCACGGCCAAGCUACAGUUGAACGUGGAUUCUCUAUCAACAAAGAGGUGGAGUCAGACAAUAUUCAAUAGGACACUGUGGUCACACGGAGGCUGGUGUGUGAUUAUAUCACACAACACGGAGGUGUUACCCAGGUUCCACUCAGUAAAGCGCUACUCAAGAGUGUUGCAAGAGCUAGGACCAGAUAUCGUGCCCAUCUUGAGACCGAGAGAAAGAAAAGGGAGGCAAAAUCCCAGGCUCUUAAGAGGAAAGAGGCAGAGGACUGUCUUCAGGAGCUAAAGGUGAAGAGGAGACGCAUACAAGAGGUGUGUGAGGGUCUGGCUAGGGAUGCGGACAGGCUGGCUGAGAAGGCUGAAAGGAAGGCAGGAAGCAAGAUGGCUGACUUGAUCUCCAGGUCCAACCUCCUGCGGAGAGGCCAUAAGGAGAAGUUGACGGAACUGGCUGUCCUUGAUAAAGAGAUUGCUGCCCUGAGUGAAGAGCUAAGGAGUUGACUGUGUUUCUUAAUUUAAUUUAUUGUUGAGUUCUGAUUUUCGAUGUUUAUUGUUCAGGGGUCUCUCAGUUCCCCAUAUUCCCAGCAUGGAAUAAGUAGCUAGCUAAUGUUAAAAAACAACAUUGUUCGGCAAACUUUCUUGUGGCUUAUUGAAAUCUUUUUAUUUUUCAAACCUGCUUGACUUAUCUUUUACCCAUUCCACAUUUGAAAAAUAAAUGAACACAAGUUCAAGGAUUUUGUUUUUCUUUGCUGGUAGGGACGUGAAAUAGGCAUUAAUUUUUUAUAUAAAUGGUCUUAAAAAGGUCUUAAAAAGACUUGAAUUUAACUUAAAGAAACCUGUAGGAACCCUGG